GGGAGGGAGUUGCUGCCGCUCGCUCUCCCCAGCCGCCUCCCUUGGCAGCUCUGCCUGCACGGGAAGGGAAUCCCCUCCCCACCUCGCCGCACGCCCGUUGUUGGAGCGACGCAGAUUCAUCAUGGUCAUCUUUGCUAUUCUUACUGCUCUGAUCCUUGCUACAGGACACUCACAAGAAGCAGAUGAAACUAUCACAUACACGCAAUGCACAGAUGGUUAUGAAUGGGACCCCCUCAUGCAGCGAUGCAAAGAUAUUGAUGAGUGUGAAAUUGUGCACGAAGCAUGUAAAGGUGGAAUGAAAUGUGUUAAUCACUUUGGAGGAUACCUCUGUCUACCCAGAUCAGCCCAGAUCAUUGUCAAUAAUGGUCAGGAAGAAACAGUAUCAGACACUGGUAGCAGAAAUGGUAAUCCCAUCAUCCGUCGGACGCCUCCAGAUCAGGUACCAUCUCGGAUACAGUGUGCAGCUGGGUAUGAGGCAAACGAUCAUAAUGUGUGCCAAGAUAUUGAUGAAUGUACCACUGGUGCCCACACCUGUAGGUCAGAUCAGGUCUGUGUCAACUUAAGGGGAUCAUUCACCUGCCAGUGUCGAACUGGGUAUCAAAAGCGAGGAGAGCAGUGCUUUGACAUUGAUGAAUGCACGUUCCCUUCCUUUUGCCAUCAUCGGUGUGUGAACAGUCCUGGUUCCUACCACUGCCAUUGCAAUGCUGGCUUUCAGUUAACACCUGACAACCGCACAUGUGCCGACAUAAAUGAAUGUGAAACCGGCAACCCCUGUGCUCAACUGUGCUACAAUAUAGUUGGUUCUUUCUUAUGCCAGUGCAAUCAAGGCUUUGAGUUAAGCCCAGAUAGAAUCAGCUGUGAUGAUGUUGAUGAAUGUAGAGCUUCUAACUUCCUGUGCCAAUAUCAAUGUGUCAAUGAGCCAGGAAAAUUCUCCUGCGCAUGUCCAGAUGGAUACCAGUUGGUCAGAGGAAGAAACUGUCAAGAUAUAAAUGAAUGUGAAACACGCAAUGAAUGUCGAGAAGAUGAGAUGUGUUCUAAUUAUCAUGGUGGCUAUCGCUGUUACCCAAGAAAUCCUUGUCAGGAGCCUUACGUGCUUGCAUCUGAAAAUCGCUGUAUUUGUUCAGUAUCUAAUCAUCUUUGUCGGGACCUGCCAUACUCCAUUGUUCACAAAUAUAUGAGCAUCCAUUCAGAGAGGACUGUGCCAUCUGAUAUCUUCCAAAUCCAGGCAACCACGAUUAUCCCCAAUACAAUUAACACCUUCCGGAUUAAAUCUGGAAAUGACAAUGGAGACUUCUUUCUUAGACAAACAAGCUCCGUGAGUGCAAUGCUUGUGUUGGUAAAGCCAUUAACAGGUCCACGGGAAUAUAUCAUCGACCUGGAGCUGUUGACGGUCAACAACAUGAACUACCGGUCAAGUUCAGUACUGAGGUUAACACUUAUUGUGGGACCUUACUCUUUUUAGUCACUGAAAUGAAGUAAUUUGCUAGCACCCAGAGCAACCAAAGAAGCUUUCUUUUGAAUGAAGCACUU